AUGGAAGGAAAACUGGCAAAGAACUCCUCAUCCUCAUCGAGAAGCUUGAUGACGCGCCCGAAGACCAAGCUUCCACCGGAGAUCCUCGAACUCAUCGGCAAAUCCGGGAAGAGCGCUUCCGCCUACGUCCGUUUCCGGGCCACCUGCAAAACCUUGUUCUCAAACCUUACCCCUCACCCCCGCCAUCUCCCCUUUCAGCCCCCUUUCCUGAUGCUGUCCCCCACCGCCGAUGGCAGUCGCGGCCGGUUCUUCAACGUUGCCACCUUCUUCACUCAUAACCUCCCGCAGGUUUCCAACAUGACUCGCGGUAAGAUCUGCUUUGGCUCUUCUUUUGGAUGGAUAUUCCUUCUAGACUACAGAUUUAAUCCCUCCCUCCUCAACCCCUUCACCGGGGCCGAGAUCCCCCUCCCUCCUCUCGCCGCCACCCCGGGCAUCUUCGAUAUCCUACCACUGGAUGAUGUCCCAGCCCCACAACUUCUCGCAUUAUUAUGCGGUUACCAUCCAGAUAACAUUAUGGACGAAGAAUUCGUGGACAUGAUAAUGCACCAGGCUGCACUAUCUUCGGAUCCUGCUCUCGAUCCGCACGCUGUCGUGCUCGUCAUUGUCAAAACCUACGCCCCGUACCGUUUCUACUUCUGUCAGCUGGGAGACGCAUCAUGGACCAGGAUACAAAUCCCCGGCAACACUAUAUGUUUUCUUUAUGACUUCAUACCAUUUCCGGAGCGGCAGUUCUAUGCCGUAGCUUCCGAUGACAGGCUGGUUCGCUUCGACUUCAGCAGCCUGCCAGUGAGGGUGACAGUAGCAAGACUUAGAGGCAUGCCCAGAUGCAGACCGGUGUACUUGGUGGGAUCGGCGGGGGAGCUCCUGCUGAUCGGUGAGGGUUACAAAAUUUCUGACCGGAAUGACAGGAUUACCAAGUUGUUCCAUGUUCAUAAGAUCGAUAUUCUGCGCGAGCUGGACGAUGAGCAAGGGUAUGUGCAAGUGUAUCGAGUUCAUAGCAUUGGCGAUCGGGUUGUGUUCCUGGGACCCGGUCACUCUUUCUCCAUCUCGGCUCAAGAUUUCCCUGGGUUUAGAAGGAAUUGCAUCUAUUUCGCCGACACUUACAACAAGCAAUUAGCAGGCAUGGAAUAUGUCAGCGUUGACUGCAUCGAUGUAUUCAGCCUAGAGGAGUACAAUACUGAAGAUAUAUUUAUUUUUAGCGAGGAGGAGAAGAUUGAGUUGCCGAGGUCUAAGCCAAAGAUGCCGUGGUUGGUUUCCCCCAAUCUUAAUUAG